AUGACAGUCCGACACCAAGGCCAGCAGUACAGGCCGAGGAUGGCAUUUCUGCGGAAGAUUGAAGCCCUCGUCAAGGACAUGCAGGACCCAGAGAUGGGGGUCAGAGUGCAGAACCAGAAGGUCACGGUCAUCAGCGUCCCUCACGCCAUGACGGGGAGUGAUGUUCUCCAGUGGAUCACCCAGCGGCUGUGGGUCUCCAGUCUGGAGGCACAGAACUUGGGCAACUUUAUUGUCAAGUACGGCUACAUUUACCCCCUGCAAGACCCCAGGAACCUCGUUCUCAAGCCUGACAGCAGCCUCUAUCGAUUUCAGACACCGUAUUUCUGGCCCACCCAGCAGUGGCCGGCUGAAGACACAGACUAUGCCAUCUAUCUGGCCAAGAGAAAUAUCAAGAAGAAAGGGGUUUUAGAAGAAUAUGAAAAGGAAGAUUAUAAUUUCUUGAACAAAACAAUUAACUACAAGUGGGACUUUGUCGUCAUGCAGGCCAAAGAGCAGUACCGGGCUGGAAAGGAAAGGAAAACAGCGGACAGGUACGCACUGGAUUGCCAGGAGAAGGCGUAUUGGCUGGUCCACCGAUGCCCCCCGGGAAUGAAUGACGUGCUGGACUAUGGCCUGGACCGAGUGACCAAUCCAAAUGAAGAUCAGAAACAAACAGUGGUUUCUGUCAGAAAAGAGAUCAUGUAUUACCGACAGGCCUUAAUGAGGUCCACGGUGAAGUCUUCCGUGUCCCUUGGCGGGAUCGUCAAGUACAGUGAGCUGUUUUCGUCCAACGACGCCAUCAUGUCGGGCUGCCUUCCUAGCAAUCCUUGGGUAACGGAUGACACCCAGUUCUGGGAUUUAAAUGCCAAACUGGUGGAAAUCCCAACCAAGAUGCGGGUGGAACGAUGGGCCUUCAACUUCAGCGAGCUGAUCCGAGACCCCAAGGGCCGACAGAGCUUCCAGUACUUUCUCAAGAAAGAAUUCAGUGGGGAGAAUCUGGGAUUCUGGGAAGCCUGUGAGGAUCUGAAGUACGGAGAUCAGUCCAAGGUCAAGGAGAAAGCGGAGGAGAUUUACAAGCUGUUCCUGGCCCCAGGGGCGAGGCGGUGGAUAAACAUAGACGGCAAAACCAUGGACAUCACGGUCAGGGGGCUGAAGCAUCCCCACCGCUACGUGCUGGACGCCGCGCAGACCCACAUCUACAUGCUCAUGAAGAAGGACUCUUAUGCCCGCUACUUAAAAUCCCCAAUCUAUAAGGAAAUGCUGGCCAGAUCAGUUGAACCUCAGGAAACCACCAAGAGAAGAUCGAGCCUCCCGUUCAUGCGGCGUCCCCUGCGCUCCAGCCCAAGCCCCGUCAUCCUAAGGCAGCUGGAAGAAGAAGCCAAGGCUCGGGAAGCGGCCAACACGGUGGACAUCACCCAGCCGGGCGACCGCGUGGCCCCCAGCCCUCACCUGGCCGUGUACACCGGGACCCGCCUGCCGCCCUGUCCCUCCAGCCCCCGCUCGCCGCGGAGGCCCUUCCCCUCGCCCGGCCGCUUCAUCCGGCGGCCCAGCAGCACCGUGUGCCCCUCGCCCAUCACGGUGGCCUUGGAGGGCUCCCCGGGCGAGGGGCAGACGCGGGAGGCCGCCCGCGGGCGCUCGGAUGCUGGGACCGGCGGGGCCUCCGCGGACCAGCCCCGGCCCCGGGCCCCUCCCAAGGCCCGCGUGGCCCUGUCCCUCGGCCGGUUCCUGAGACGAGGCUGCUUGGCCUCCCCGGCCUUUGCCAGGCUCUCCCCCAGGUGCCCCCCUGUGCCCCACGGGAAGGUGCAGCCGCUGGGGGACACGGGCCGGCAGCUGCCACGACCGAGGUCCCGGAGAGCAGCCAACUUCUUCCAGAUCAAAAUGGAUGUGCCUAUGGGGAGCGGGACCUGCCUCAUGGACUUGGAGGACACGGAGACAGGAGAACGGAGUGACCAGGCCAUAGAAAAGGAGGUCGUCUGCCCCUGGGAGAGCCUGGCCGAGGGCAAAGCUAGCUGAGCCCGGGGCCUCGGACUAGGCAGUCGCUCCCGCACACUCGGCUGGAUGGGGCCGCGGGACAUGCUUGCUCUAAACCAAAGCGCAUUAAGAUCAUACUUGGGGAUUGGAGAGACAAGAUGGAUGGAUGAUGGAGAAGAGUGCUGUGGCUGGGCUCCCCCUGGCCAGCCCCUUCCCUCGACCCUGACCCUCGGUCAGAAGAAAGGCAUGUGGACCAGAGGACUUGACUUGCUGCCUUAAAACCGAUAAAAGGUUACCUUGUCAAAGUGUUUUUGGAUUGGAAUGUUAGUGUGUGUCUGGUUUUAUUAGGUAUUUAUGAGAUAAUCUCAAGUCUUCUUUGGUUUUCUGGACCAAGGGAACUGAAUCACUUCCAAGAACUCCCUCCCUGUCUAAACUGGUUUUUAUGUGAUGCUCUCAUCAACGGAGCCCCCCAGGAGAAAGCCCCAGGCUGUGGCAUCACACAGGAAGAGGGGGCUGGGGAAAGGCAUCCUUCUAGAAUGCCAGGUGUGCUCCGAUCCGCCCAGAAGCAGAGGCCAAGAUGGGAUGAGGUGGGCAAGGGGAUU